AUGCACGCGAUGCUCAACUCUAGUGUCCGCGUCUCGGCGAGGGCAGCAUCUCGCUCUCGCCUCACCAGCAGCGCUGCCCACGCUACUCGCACUCUGGCCACCGUCUCGGACUCAGCAACACCCGUUCAGCAUGGUACAUCUGGAUCCAGCAGCCACAAGGUCGUCGUCAUUGGCGGUGGAUCCGCAGGUAUGGCGGUGAGUCACCAGCUCAUUCGAUCCGGUGGAUUUACGCAGGAUGACAUUGCCAUCGUCGACCCUUCCGAGUGGCACCACUACCAGCCCGGUUGGACGCUCGUCGGUGGUGGUCUCAAGGACAAGCGCGACCUCCGACGACCUCUCGCCUCGCUUCUCGACCCUCAACUCAAGCACUACGCUUCCGCCGUCGACGAGUUUACUCCUGAACAGAACCAGAUCACCCUGGCCAAUGGCGACAAGAUUGCCUACGACCAGUUGGUGGUGGUGCCUGGCCUGAGCAUCAACUACGACGCCAUCAAGGGUUUGCCCGAAGCGCUCGCCGACUCUUCUUCGCUCGUCUCGACCAUCUACGGCUACAACACGUGCGACAAGGUGUUCGACACCAUCUCCAAGCUCAAGUCUGGCAAGGCCAUCUUCACGCAGCCUGCCGGUGUGAUCAAGUGUGCCGGUGCGCCGCAGAAGGCUAUGUGGCUCGCACUCGACCACUGGAAGAACCAAGGGCUGUACAACCCUGCCGACCCGUCCAACUCGCCUAUCUCGAUCGACUUUGCCACGGGUCUGCCCGUCAUGUUCGGCGUGCCCAAGUACAGCGAACGUCUCAACGAACUCCGACAGCAGCGCGGUGUUGGAGGACUAUUCGAACACGAUCUGGUCGCCAUCGAGGGCAACACGGCGGUGUUUGCGCGUCCCAACGGCGCCGAGCAGGUGCGCAAGCAAUUCGACCUGCUGCACGUCACUCCCAAGAUGGGUCCGCUCGCCGUGAUCAAGAAGAGCCCGCUGGCAGAUGGAGCUGGGUUUGUGGACGUCGACCAGGAGACGACUCGUCACAAGCGAUUCGACAACGUGUGGAGUAUCGGGGACGCUUCGUCGCUGCCCACUUCGAAGACAGCAGCGGCGAUCACUGCGGAAGCGCCUGUUCUGGUGCGCAACCUGGGCCAGGCGUUGCAGGGUAAGGAGCCUGACGCGGCGUAUGACGGAUACACGUCGUGCCCGUUGCUCACCGAAUACGGCAAAGUGAUGCUGGCCGAGUUCAAGUACGGUGGCAAGCCCAAGGAGACGUUUGGCAACCUGUUUGGCAUUGACCAGGGUGUUCCGAGGAAAGCGUUCUACCACCUGAAGAAGGACUUCUUCCCGUGGGUCUACUACAACUCGUACGUCAAGGGCACGUGGGGCGGCCCCAAGGGAUUCUCGUUGUCGGCGGCGCCCUUCAGCCCGGAGGCUGUAGCAGGUAAGCGAAGCUUCUCUUCGUCGUCGUCCAGUCCGCUCAAGAGUGGUGUACCGGGUUCAAGGCGAGGCUUUGCGACGUCAAGCGUGGGACUGCGCAACACGCCCGCACGCCGACCUCGCGACCCGCUCGACGCCUCUCCUGAUGCCACGCGCCACACCCUGCCCUCGGGUGAGACGUUUAUCGUCCGCCCUCCGCCCUCGUCGACCCCGGCACGCACAACCAUCUACCAGCGCCAGCCGCUGCUGCAUGCCCAGCCCGCUGAAGACGCCUCCUCCCUCCCGCCCGCACUCCGCCCGCGCUCGCGCUUCGCCGCAACACACCCCGACGUCGACACCGCCAUCACCCCGGACCAGAUCGCCUCCAUCCAGCGCCUCCGCGCCCAGGACCCGAUCACGUACACCAAGACCAAGCUGGCCAAGCAGUUCAACUGCAGCCCGCUGUUCGUAUCCAUUGUGGCACCGCUGCCCAAGGAAGUGAGGAAGGUCAAGAAGCAGCAGGACGAGUUGAAGAAGUCGUCCUGGGGGUUGAACAAGCGAGUGGCCAGGGCUGAGCGCGAGGAGCGCAGACUGCUGUGGUAG